UCAGUUUUAUUCUUUGCCACGUUAAGAUCAGCAAAAUAAGAAGUAGUCAAUCAUGCCAUUUCUGGAAUCCCGUUUGAAUGACGCGCACGGAAAGCACAUAAAUAUUGAUCGUGAUCGCCCAGGGUUUACAAGACAUUACAACGUUCUGCGAGAUACUAUCUACAAAGGACUGAAGGCGGUGGCGCCAUUCGACAAGUGGCUAAAUGGCCACAAACUGGGCGGAAGUUAUGGCGAUAAUUUGAAGAUUACAAUGCCUGAUGAAUUCGAUUUGGUAAUUCACUUGAAGUUUCCCGAAAACGAAAGGAUUACUGUGAAAAAGGAUCCCUGUAGACCUGGCAAUGUUAUUUUAAACAUGACAGAAGUGUUAAAAAUCCUAAAGAACCAGGAUCACAAUAGAGUCACAUAUACACAUUUGAUCAAAUUGGUUUCAUCGAAAAAUGAGCUUAUGGAGCAUAAGCUUCAGGCUUUGAUCACGAGUGCCAUGACAAAGGUGCUUAAUGGCAUGGAAUAUAAGAUUAAUGUGGAUGGUAAUAUCACGGAGGUGACGUAUAGGAGAUGUGGGCCGGCGCACACGAUGUUCAUUGACACAAAGGAUAUCAAAUAUUCGGUGGACUUUGUGCCAGCCAUUAAGCUAAAUGCAAGCCAAAACAUUUUGGGUGAAGAGGAACUUAAGUACUUUGUUAAAAAUGGGUUUUGGGAGGCGAUUCCGAAACCUUUAAAGCCCAUCGAUCCGAACAAUGUUUCAUUCCGUGCCUCCUACUAUGACUCUGAGCUACUUAUGCUCAAGGAUAAACACAAGCUGAAGGAAGUCAUAAGAUUUAUGAAGAAAUUUCGUGACAAUAAGCAAAAUAUGAGCAACUUGAAAAGCUAUUUCAUAAAGACUGUUUUGCUUUGGCAAGUUAAGGAAAAGCCCUCGGAUUAUUGGAGAACCUCUCAGCUUAAGGAUGUGCUGAUACAAAUGCUCAGAAAGCUAAAUACGUCUUUGGCCACGUCUGGCCGCUAUGGAAAAUUACCUUUCUUCUGGGAUCCCAAACUGGACUUGUUUGCCACAUUGACAGACACCCAGCGCUACGGUAUGUUUAACUGCAUUACGGGGGUGAUUUAUACGCUGGAGCGUGCAGAUGGCAACUUGACGAAUGACAUCGAUAACUGUAUUAAAUUGAUAUUCAACACGCCAGCGGAGAAGCCAAUACUAUUCGUGAGGCCAAGUUCAUCUGUAGAACAGGAGCAGCAGCAGCGGCAGCAGCAGCAGCAGCAGCAGCAGCAGCGGCAGCAGCAGCAGCAGCAGCAGCAGCAGCAGCAGCAGCGGCAACAGCAGGAGCAGGAGAACGAGGGAGCAAGUCUUGCCCAAAUUGGGAUAGCCGCUGUGGCCGUUGGUGCCCUUGCCAUCGGCGCCUUUUCCUAUUUUAGGAGCACAAGGUCAAGGACCGAUUGAGAUUUCUCACUGAGAUGUGCUUGUAGAUGUACGCGUGAUGUCCUUGUCUAUUAAGUCGUUUACAAUCCGCCGCCGGAGCGAUCGACGCUGAUCUUCUGCUUCAGAU